CAUAAUUUAAAAAAUACAAUAACACCUUAUAUUAGUUCUACAAUUAAAUGUAAAAGAUAAAAAGGUCAGAAUGUAUAAAUUUGUUAAACAAAAUACAAGCAUCAUGUCUAUUAGAAAACUUUUUUUUAAAUCAAAAUUUAUUGUAAAGAAUAUAGCUUAUAAUCUAUCGACUAAACCUACUCCAGAACAUUUACAACCUUUUGUAACUUUACAAAAAUUAACUGGUAAAGAAGAAGGUAUUGCUGUUGUUGGACUUAAUAGACCAGGAUCAAGAAAUGCAAUUAAUAAGAAUAUGGUUGAUCAACUUUUCAACAUCAUAAAACAAGUAAAUAGUUCAAAUGAUAUUAGAGUAGUUAUUUUAAGAAGUCUUGUUAAAGGGAUAUUCUGUGCUGGAGCAGAUUUAAAGGAAAGACUCACCUUAAAUCCUAUAGAAGUACGACAAUGUGUAACAGAUUUACGGCAUUUAGCUAAUGCCAUUGAAAAUAUACAAAUUCCUGUUAUAGCAGCAGUUGAUGGUGCUGCUUUGGGAGGUGGUUUUGAGUUAGCUUUGAGUUGUGAUUUCAUUAUUGCUUCAAAUAAUACUAAAUUUGGUUUGGUUGAAACUAGACUUGGUAUUAUCCCAGGUGCUGGAGGUACACAACGUUUGGUUCGUAUAGUUGGUGGACCUUUAGCCAAGGAGUUAAUUUAUAGUGCUAGAAUUUUCAGUGCAAAUCAAGCAUUACAAUAUAAAGCUGUUAACAAAGUAAUUGAACAAAAUGAUCAAGGGACAAGUGCAUAUAUCAAUGCUAUUGAAAUAGCCAAAGAAAUUCUUCCUAAUGGGCCAUUUGCUGUUAAAAUGGCCAAGAAAGCUAUUUUUCAUGGACAGCAAGUAGACUUCACAACAGGAUUCGCAAUUGAAGAAGCAUGUUAUAAUCAAGUUAUACCAACAAAUGAUCGAAUUGAAGGACUAGUAGCAUUUAUAGAAGAACGAAAACCUAAAUAUACUGGUUCUUAGGAAAGACAAAAUUUAUUUUUAUUUAAUUUUUUAUUUAGAAUAAUUAAUUUCACUUAAAAUUUAAAAAGUAUCAAACUUUUUAAAAAUGUUUUAAUUAAUAAAAAAAAGAACUAUAAAAUAAU